UCUAGCCCCGAGAAUUUGGUGCAAAUACUUGAAAGGCUGAUGAAAAGCCAAUCUCAACGGAUAACGCCCUUUUCGCUCACUCUCUGCCCAACCAUCAACACUCGGACACUGACACACUCCCUCUCUACUCGAUAUCUCUCUUGGAAUUUGGAAAGAUAGUUCCUUUCCAUUUGGGAGAGCCUGGGGGUUUUCCAAUGGAGACACUUUCAAGGAUCAGAUGCUUCACCACCUCUUCCAACUUCCCAUUUCCUAGGAUUUCUCCAAUUCCUCGUUCCACGGCUCCAACAAUCUCAGUCCUAAGGACGAGCCCCCGUCCAGUUAGUGGAGUUGUAGAAGAAGAUGUUUUGCAAAUGUUCUUUAAGGAGAGAAAAUUAAGUGGAGAUUUUAUAUCGAAAGCUUCUGAUAUAUUUUGGCAGAGUGACGUCAAGCAAUUUGUUGAUGCCGAUGCUGUCGAACCUGCUGAAACUUCUCAAGAAACAGGGCAGGUCUUGGGACUGGGAGGUGAUAAUGAUGGUGGGUUUUUAAAACUGGCGAGAACCAAUGAAUGGGUAUCAGGCGACAGCUCUGCACCAGUCAAUAAGAAAGCCAUUGCUAAGGCAUUGAGGGAUGAUAGUGAAAGAAGGAAGAAAUUGAACCUUCUCCAAUAUGAAGCGAUAAAGAGGGAGAUGAUGCUUUUAUCUGUUGGUAUUGGAACAGCAUGCAGUGGGUAUUGUUUGAUAGCUUUCUCACUCCAGACGGCUAUUAGUUACGCGGUAGGAGUUCUUUUCAGCUGCUUGUACCUUCAGCUCCUAUGCCAACAUGCGGACACACUAUCCAGAGAAACUGUUCCACAAGUUUUCAGGCAAAAGAAGUCAAAGAAAAUUGGAAUCAGAAGCGAGGACCUUAAGGAUUUUAUAGAGAAAUCAUUUAAAGGUAGUGGGAUUGCUCUUUCAUCUCCACGACUUGUGAUCCCAGCAGCAAUUUAUGGAUUGUGGGUCCUGUCUCAUCAGUAUUUUGCCAAUGACUUCUUUGAUUUCCAGCUUGUGCCAGCCAUGUUUGGGAUGUUUGUCUAUAAAGCUGCUGCUCUCGUUCAAGUGUAUAGAGAUAAUGAGGACCUGCAAUUUAUCUUUCCAGAAAACUGAGAUGGUUCACGUAAGUAAAAUUUUCAUCUUACUGCUUCUCUUUACUCGCUUUGGUAUGUCUUGGAUUAUGCUUAGAAGAAUUAUCGACUUAUUUGGUUGUUGGUAAACGUCUGGAAGGCUGAUGAGUACUGCGAUUUGGAAGAUAGUGCUGAUUUGCCUUUUUUGGUGUGUAUGGAAGGAAAUAAUAAGUGUUUCAAGGACUUGGAGAGGUCCUUGGAGGAUAUUUUAGCUUCGUUUUUUCAUGCUUUGUAUCUUUGGACGAUGGCUUUUGUGUCCUUAUUGUCGCUUAGUUAUGUCGAUUUUUUUGUUUGUUUUUCUCUUUCUAGUUAGGUGAUUCCUUUUGUACAAGACUUGAUUAUUACUUAUCAAAAAAGAGUAUCACCGCCUUCAUCUGCAAAUUUUUUGAAAAGAAUAGUUGGAUGCUUUGCAGAAAUUAACUAUCGAUCAGGUCAUGAUUUCAACUUCCUUUGCAAGUCUGCCUAUGUUGAAUUCAGUACCCAGAUUCAAAUGAGGAAAGCAGCUUCAAGACGUCGAAAGUGAAAUAACACAUUUUGUGGAGCUGGUGCAGGUGGGGUUGGCUGGUUCAUGUUAAAACCCUGCAAAAUCCACUUUGUAGGGCUAAGGCUCUGUAGUUCUCCAGCAAGACCUGCUCAGUUGGGGUAACACUUCAAUAGUGUACAUCUGAUCCAAAUUUGAAUAUGGUGCCCAAAACAUGUGCCUAUAAGAAGAUUGUUGCGGUUAGAAUCUGUUAUGAUUGUGUGAUAUUUGAUUAAUUGUCUCAGACAUUCUUUCACAAUAGUGUCAAAUAGCUUUUCCUA